CGGCCGAGAGCCUGCUCUGCUGCAAUGUCACCGGCGGCGUCACCGUCACCGCCACUGCAGGCUGCCGGCACCUGCCACUGCCGCAGGAGACGGAGCCGAGAGAGACCGCAGGGUUUCCGGGCACUGUGUGAGGCGAGGACGCGGCCGGCCACAUGGGCAGCACCAUGGAGCCCCCCGGGGGCGGCUACCUGCACCUGGGAGCCGUGACGUCUCCCGUGGGCACGGCCCGCGUGCUGCAGCUGAUCUUCGGCUGCACCACCUUCAGCCUGGUGGCCCACCGGGGCGGCUUCUCAGGCGUCCAGGGCACUUUCUGCGUGGCAGCCUGGGGCUUCUGCUUCGCACUCUCCGUCCUGGUGGUGGCCUGCGAGUUCACCCGGCUACACGGCUGUCUGCGCCUGUCCUGGGGAAACUUCACGGCGGCCUUCGCCAUGCUCGCCACGCUGCUAUCCGCUACAGCAGCGGUCAUCUACCCACUGUACUUCACUCGGCUGGAGUGUCUGCCCGAGCCCGAGGGCUGCACGGCCAGGAACUUCCGCAUGGCAGCCAGCGUCUUCGCCGGACUCCUCUUCCUGGCCUACGCUACGGAGGUGGCCCUGACCCGGGCCCGGCCAGGCCAGGUGGCCAGCUACAUGGCCACAGUGUCAGGCCUCCUCAAGAUCGUCCAGGCCUUCGUGGCCUGCAUCAUAUUUGGGGCGCUGGUCCAUGAUAGCCGCUAUGGGCGCUACGUGGCCACCCAAUGGUGUGUGGCCGUCUACAGCCUUUGCUUCCUGGCCACAGUGGCGGUGGUGGUCCUGAGUGUGCUGGGUCACACAGGGGGCCUGGGCUGCCCCUUCGACCGUGUGGUGGUGGUGUACACCUUCCUGGCCACGCUCCUCUACCUCAGCGCUGCAGUGAUCUGGCCCGUCUUCUGCUUCGACCCCAAGUACGGUGAGCCUGGGCGGCCUCCCGACUGCCCAAGGGGCAGCUGCCCCUGGGACAGCCAGCUGGUGGUGGCCAUCUUCACUUACGUCAACCUGCUCUUCUACGUCGCCGACCUGGCCUACUCCCAGAGGAUCCGCUUCGUGCCCACCUUCUAGCAUAACAGGUGGCAGCAGCCCACCCACCUCUGCUCUCCAGGGGCUCGCAUCAUGAGAGGACCCAGGUGAACCCAUACCCGUGAAGACGAAUUGGAGGGAGGCAGCCGAGAGAGCCAUGCCUCGGCUGCUGGCAGUGCUCAGCGGUGCAGCUCAGGGAGGUACAGAGAGGGGGCAGAGAGGCAGGGAGGGCAGGAGGCCACGAACAGGUCACGGGGGAGGAGUCUCGCCAGGCAACUCCCACUCUAUCUCUCUGUCUUUCUAUCUCUCUUGUCUCUGUCUCUCUCUCUUUUCCUCUCUCUCCAUUUCCUGGCAUGCCCUCCCUUAGUGCUGGCUCCUGUAACACAUGAGAACCCUUUGAAGCAGGCACUCUUGUCAGCCACUAUGCAGAUGGGAACCUUGAGACCAGGAUUACAAAGUUGGCCCAAAAGCCCAUCAGUGUCUGGAGAUCACAUCUAGGUUGAGUCACCUAAGUAGAAUUGAAAAGCGACAAUUCCCAGAGGUGUGGGAAGGGGUCAGAAGGGAACCCAGGAAGAGUGCCAGAGCCAGGUCAGUGGAGGGAUGUGGGAAGCCAGUGCUUCCUCUGGCCUUGGGGAGGGGCAGUUUCUGGAACCCUGGAAAGAUCCAGGCAGAUGCCUUCCUGCUGGGGUAUCUGUGCCCACAUGAGGAGAAGGAGCCGGGAACUAGGACCCUGCCUUACCCACCUCUGGUGGCUACAGCCUCGGAAGCCGAACAAGGACUCUAGAGUGCGCAUAGGGCAGCCUCAGCGAGCUAGAGACAGCGCAGGCUUGGAGGGGCCCAUAGCAGCCAGCAACACUGCUAAGGGCACAGCACGCUAGGAAGACACUGGGUUCUCGCCCACCAGGGAGUCACCACUGAGCCCCCAGCGUCUACCCCAAAGUAGCAGCUUCUGCCGUACCUGCCAAGGACCCGGGGGGCCUGGCCUGGGGCAGCCCUGAUCCAGAGGAGGACCAGCUUGGGGCGGCCACUGAGCCACGAACCUGGGUACCAGACACCCCCUGGUGCUCACAGACCAACGACCUCCGCUCAAGAGUUCCUUUGCCUGUUAGCUGACCACCACAGCCUGCUGGGGCCACUGCUCUCCACACUCCAGCCAGCUUCUCCCACUCAAUGGCCCAGACUGGGCCAGCUUGGAGCAGACCACUAGCUGCCCAAGCACAGUAGCUGCUCAGCCCAUAGCCUGGGCCAAGGCCUUGAGCAGGAAAUAAACACCAACACUGAUUUGCA